AUGAAGCGCUAUCACCAGUUCCUUGUCAGUCUCACAGACUCUUCGUCCGUCUACAACCUAGUACGGCCUAAUUUUUGGAUUGUGCAACGACUGUUUGAAGAGCUCCUAUCGGACCUCAUGAAGGCCCUUCGAGGUCAAACUGCCGAGGGCCCAUAUUCUCCCCGCGUCUUAGCCAUAGUCUCGCCAUACGUUUUCAUGUUAGUGGAUGAAACCUGCAACCGAUCUGUGCCGAUGAACUCUGAGUACCGAGCUGAGCUCCUCGAAAGCAUGAGUCGUGUCUUCUUCGAGGUAUUCCUCCUCUGGGAUGCGGACUGCGAGCGCGAAGACCUAAUUGCCGUGGCAUUGCACUUUCUUCUCUCCUGGACCGCGCAUGGCCGCUUUGACAACAACGGGGCUGGGGCUCAGGCCUGCGCUCGCCUGCAUCAUGCAAUCUGUGCCUUCUCACCGGAGGCGAACUAUGAGCGGAUUGCCUUUCUGACCUUCCGACUGGAUGCAAUGAUUCGGGCCUCGUGUAGAUCCGCCUUCGAUUUUGAUCCUCAAAAACUGGUUGCGAUGGGUUGUGUUGCCCUUCUGGAGAGGUAUAAGGAUGUCUUGGAGCUGGAGAAGUUGGCACCCAACUUUCCCAAACAGAUGAGCAACUUUGUCGUCCAGUUUCGCACCUACGUCAAUGAGCACAGUGACGAGUGGGAAACCGGUUUCAUUGAACGGGUGAGUCAAUCUCAGGGGCCUUAA